AGCCCACACGAUGCUUGCAUACUCUAAUUUGGAUCUUACAAAAGCACAGUACAAAUUACAAAGAGUGUUGAUAUUAAAGCAGCUACUAUAUAGACCUAAUUAUAAAACCAAGAUUUUUAAAAGCUUCUGUGACUAUGUUUCCAAUGUGGUAAAAAAAGGUAAAUUGUUAGAUCUACUCCACUCCAAAAAGGUGUUAAUAUCGUCCUAGAGUUGCAGACAAUCAUUUACAGAGGAAAUACGCCGGAAAAUCUUGAAAUCAUCUGCAUACAUCAAAUCUUCAGAUUUAAUAUCCUUAACAAUAUCGUUUAUAAAAACAUCGAAAAGAAGAAGGCCUAAAAUCGAUCCCUGGGAAACGCCUGAAGUUACCGAGAUCCUAUCGGACUCAUAAGCAUAAUGUUUAACAUACUGAAAUCUUGAUGACAAAUAAGAAUAAAUUAACUGAACCAGAUGUCCUGACAGACCAAUAUUCAGUAACUUCACCAGCAAUAUCUCGUUACUCAGCUUGUCGAAAGCUUUCGAAAAGUCCGUAUAGAUUACGUCGACUUGAUGUUUAUUAUCAAAGCUGUUGGACACAAAUUGAGUGAAGUAGUUCUUAAGGCAUGGGCGAUAUCUUCAUUGGCCAGGUUAUCUCACUGUUGAAUACUCGUUGGUACUCUUGCAGUCUUUUAGUUCAUGAACUACCUACCAAACAUCGGGGACAAGAAAAGCUCUUCUUCCAAGUUAUGCUGGAAUGGUUAAAACCAUUGCAUUUGCAGUACCGGAUAAUAUCCACAACAUCAUAGAUAUUGCGGCUGUCCAGUCCUAUCAGACAAUGACCGCAUUUUAAAGUGUUUUUAUAUGAGAUAAUGUCAACUUGCAAGACUGCUUGAAAAUAAUCUUGACGAUUCUUGAUGGGCGCAAAUUUUAAGAGAGUGCACUGUGCUGAUUCCGCCAAAAUAUGUUUGUUUUGUUUUAACAAGUAAGAGAUCGCCGUUUGUUCAGUUAUAUCUUUGGAUUUACCCCCGCGAUACGAAUUCAUUGUAACGGAGAUUUACGUCCUGUAUAUCAUAUUUAUCCUUAAGUUUUAACUCGUGUGCUAGUUUCUUAAAUUCUGUUGGAUUAUGACAUUUUAAAAGUACACCACCAUUCUUUAUUAAUGUGUUUAACUUGCGCAAUUCCAAGUUCUUCAGUAUUAUCAGGGUUAAUUAAUAGACGACAACUGCAAGUGUACUUUUAAGAGUAGCAGCAUAAGUCAAACCAACUUCAUUAGAAACAUCAUUUCCACCGUGGCGGUUAAGAUUAGGAUUUUGCUGCGUUACUUACUCUUUUAAUUUAGAUUAUUGGGCAGAUGUUUUCUGCAUUUUUAUAAUUUGUUAUAAACUAUAAAUAGUUAAUUUCUGUAAUCAGUGCCGACUGGUCAGACAAACUUAUAUAGGCUUGUACCAAGAGAUCAAUAAAAAACACGAUUGGAUUUUUGAAAGUUUGUAUUUGUUAACUCAAACUUUUUAAUCGACGAUAAUCUGACAAUUCUAUCAAAGACAAAUCUUCUGCAAUCCAUGGCUAUGUUUAAUCGUGUUUUUUAUUAGUCUCUCGGUGCUUAUAUGCAAUUUACUAAUUAAUAUGUUCAAACGUAUUCACUAUUCUGGUUGAUUAUUAUUAUUAUUUUGCUUGUAAAAGUUUUUCAACGAAUAUAACUGACAAUUUUUUUUUGUUUCAUUUCGCCAGAAUUUAAUGUCUACGUAGUAUUAAUUUUGUAAAUAUGUACUUAUUAACUUUUAUACGAUUCACUUUCAGCUGUAAAUGACUUUACGUUGGUAUGCAACCCUUAAUUCUCUACCUGUAACGUGGGUGGCAUAUCUAUCAAAUAUCAACUAGAGAAUUUAAAUUUGCGUUCUAUUUCGCUUUGUGAUGUUUUGUGACUGUUGUACAGCAGUUUAAUAUCUAACAAAUACAAAAAAUGGAAAAAAAACCUAAAGAAGCUGAAAACCCAAAUGACGAACAAACUCUCAAGAAAGGCCGUCAUCGGAAAAAACAACUGUACAAUUCGAUUUUGCAGCAAAUGGAGUUCUAUUUUAGUGAUUCUAACCUCACAAAAGACCGCUUUCUUUCACAAUUACUGCAACAAAGUCACUAUGUGGAAUUGAAUGUGUUUCUCAAAUUUAACAAAAUCAGGAAACUUACAUCAAGUGUCGAGGAUAUUCAAAAAGCUGUAAAGAACUCAAAACUGAUUGAACUCUCAGAAGACAAGAAUAGCAUAUGUCGGAAAGAACCAAUUAAAGAGAAGACAAAUGUUGACGAGUGCACAGUUUAUGUGGAACGGUUGAAAUCAGAUGCCACUCAUGAGUGGCUUCAAUCAGUCUUCUCUGAAUUUGGUAAUGUCGUUUAUACUUCCCUUCCAAAGUACAAAAACAGUAAAGGUAUAAAAGGGUUUGCUUUUAUUGAGUUUGAGAAAGAAUCAGAAGCAGAGAAGGCUUUAACUUAUUUUGAAAGUAUUGGUUGUAAAAUGCCUUCAAGUACAGAGCCUGAACAGUUGUGUAGUAUUACUACAUUUGAAGGCGCAAAAGAACGUGAGUUUACAAAGAAGGGGCUUCAAAGUUUGUCAAAUAACACACAUUCAGAUGAAUCUGAAAUGAAAGAAGUUCAGAAUGCAUCAAAUAAAAGAAAAUUCCAAGAAACUGAUGAAAGUAUAAAUGGUGGUAAAAAAGGGAAACGAUUUUCUGAUUUGGAUGCGUCUGAAGGUGCUAAUGACAAUGAAUUGAAACAACAUUCUAAAAAAAAGAAAUUAGAAGAAAUGGAAGAUAACAAUGAAAAUGAUGAGGGUGCGAAAAAAUUAAAGAGUGAAGCUGGUGAGAUAUCAGAAUCAGAGGACACAGAAAACAGAAAAAAGAAAAAACUCAAAAAGGAACAUAAAAAAAAGAAUUAUAUUAAAGAGCUUGGUCUGCAAGUUUUAUCAAAGAAAGAAUGGAAGAGAAUGAGAAAUCGUUAUUUAGAUUUGCAGAAGAAAAAGAUGAAAGAAUUUAAGCAACACCUACAUAAAAUGAAAUAUGGUAAUACGAAUUAUGGAGAUAGACAAAAUAAACCAAAUGAGGCACCAGAAGAAAAAAAAGAACAGCCUUUGCCUAAUAAUGAGUUUGUGAAAGGUCUUAUAGUGAAGAUUAAAUUGACUGAACCAAUUGCAGAUCCUAAAAAGAUAAAGAAUGAAAUUAGGUCUUUAUCAACUGAUAUAAAGUAUGUAGAUGUACCAAAUAUAGGGAGUGAAGACAUUUAUGUCAGAUUUGAGAACGAUAAGAGUGCGAAAAAUUUUUUUGCUCAGGAAUUUGCUGGUAAAAAGGAAAUUUUAACAGGCGAAGAAGAAACAGUUUACUGGGAAAAAAUUCAAGCAAGUCGGGAUGAGAAAUUCAGUAAAACUAAGAAGAAACAACGUGGCAGGGACAAACUGUUAAAAAAAGCAAAACAUAUAAAGUUUGAUGAGUAGUAUUAUGUACAGAAUAUGUGCAAACAUCGUUCUCUGUUUUCAUUUAAGUUUACAAUAAAUUCAUAUAAAAAUAUUCUAUCAAAA